AUGAACCGCCUGUUCGGCACCCGGUCCAAGGACACCAAGGCCGACGCCAUCGCCGCCCUCAAUAAAGUCAGCGCCAGUACCAACGAGAGUCUCGAGUCCGCAGAAACCAAAAUUGCCGCUCACAAUGCAGAGCUGGCGGUCAUCUACUCCAAGAUGAACAAGUUGCCCCCCGGACGUGCCAAACAAAAUCUCCGGAGGGACGCCAUCAAAGUCCUCACGAGACGCAAGCAGCAAGAGGCUCUGCGCGAAAGACACAGCAAUAACGCAUGGAUGAUGGACAACGCGCGCGGCAUGACGGACAGCUCGGAAAGUACGAUUGCGGUGGUGGGUGCACUGAAUACGGCGAACAAGAACCUGCGGAAGCAGCUGGGCAAAGUCGACCUGGACAAGAUUGAGCGGAUACGUGACGAGCUCGACGAGCUGCAGUACUUAAACAACGACAUCCAGGAAGCACUCAGUUGGGACGUUCCCGAGGACGUGGACGAGGAGGAACUGGAUGCCGAGCUCGAGGCGUUGGGCCAGGACGUGGAGCUGGAGGCCGAGAUGGGCGCGGCGACCGGUGUGCCCAGCUUCAUGCAAGACGAGGUGCCCGAGUUCAUCGACGAGGCGCCCGAGACCGAAAGCAAGGUCCAAGAGGUGGCUCGGUAA